AUGCUAAAAAACGAUAUUAUUUUAGAAGCAUUUACAAUGGUGUUGAUCUGUUUUCUAACUUUCAUUAUUGGAUAACUCUUGAACCUUAGGACCAAAACUCCAGCAAGAGAACAAUAACAUAUGAGAUGGAAAUAAGAGAAAAAUCAAUUUUCAGUUGUUUUGACUGAUUCUGAAUUCAAUACAUUGUUAGAUGAAACCAAUUAUAUCGAUUGA